GAGACUGCGAACAUAGUACAGGGGGUGACUAGAGACUGCGGACAUAGUACAGGAGAUGACCAGAAACUGUGGACAGUGCAGGGAAUGACCAGAGACUGCGGACAGUGCAGGGAAUGACCAGAGACUGCGGACAGUGCAGGGGAUGACCAGAGACUGCGGACAGUGCAGGGAAUGACCAGAGACUGCGGACAGUGCAGGGAAUGACCAGAGACUGCGGACAGGGAGGGAUGACCAGAGACUGCAGACAGUAAGGGGAUGACCAGAGACUGCUGAC